AUGGCCGACACGGUUCAGACGACGGCGGCCGAGAAGGAUAUCGCGCAGACGACGGGUGCUGCGACGCAUAAUGGCGUGAACCCGGCGGUGGUGCACCGCGGCUACGACCCCCGGAACCCGAUGGCCAACAUCCACGCCGACGACCAGGCCCGGCUACCCGCCUUCGGUGGUGAGUUCCAGCCCGGUCUCUACCGGUCGGUCGAGGCGCGCAAGUUCGCCAACCCGGCGCCGCUCGGCCUCUCCGCUUUCGCCCUCACGACCUUUGUGCUCUCGGCCGUCAACAUGAACGCGCGCGACCUCACCGCGCCCAACAUCGCUGUCCCUCUCGCUUUUGGCUAUGGUGGUCUCGUCCAACUUCUCGCCGGCAUGUGGGAAAUGGCUGUUGGCAACACCUUCGGUGCCACCGCGCUCUCGUCCUACGGCGGUUUCUGGAUCGCCUACGCCAUCCUGCUGACUCCCAACUGGAACAUCGUGGGCCCCGGCGGGCCAUACAUCCCCCUGGACGACCAGGGAAAUCCCGUUUCCAACAUGGCUGACUCGGCACUCGGUCUCUUCCUGACGGGCUGGUUCAUCUUCACCACCAUCCUGCUGCUGUGCACGCUGCGCUCGACCGUCAUGUUCUUCAUGCUCUUCUUCACCCUCGACCUCGCCUUCCUCAUGCUUGCCUGCGGCCACUACGCCAAGGACAACGGCGUCGCCGACGUCGCCAAGAGGCUCACCCAGGCUGGUGGCGGCUUCGGCAUGCUUGCCGCGUUUUUGGCGUGGUACAAUGCCUUUGCCGGUAUCGCUGACAGCAGCAACUCGUUCUUCCUCAUCCCCGUCUUCCACUUCCCGUGGUCUGAGAAGGGUCGCGAGGCCAGGCUCGCCAAGACGAACAGCCACACGGCUGCUGCCUAG